CGUCUACCUUUGGAUUCAUAAAUUGAUAGAGCCAACAAGAAAUCAAACCACCCUCCUCAAUUUAUCCUUCUUCAUUUCAUUUUCGACCGCCGCAAGCAAUUUACGAAUUUUAAUCCCUAUUCUCCCGUUUCAAGAAAUAAAAUUCAAAAUCUUAUCUAAAACAUACGAAUUUUUCGGAUUUGUUUUAGCUAAAUUUAGCAUUUGAUCCAAAUUUUAAUUAGUUUUCAGUUUCGGAUAAGGUUAUUUAUACUCGUUUCAUCUCUGUGUGUUUGUGGCGAUAAUGGAGGUUUCGGUAAUGGGUAGUUCUCAGGCAGCUAUCAGCAGAAGUGAAUUAUUAGGUUACGGGGAGCUGAUUAGAUUCGCUGUCCGUAAUAAGAAAAACAAUUUUAACAGUGUUCGUUUGUUUAAUUCUUUUAGAAAAUCUUCUUCUCUGCGGUUUACUUUAAACGCUGUUCAAACGCAAACUCUUCGGUCCAACAACGGCAGCAGCAGUAACCUGUUUGAUUGUCCUGUCUCUUCUCCAUCUUCCAAUUCGCAAGAUGGUGUGAGAUUAUUCGUGGGUCUGCCGUUGGAUGCAGUUUCCGACUGCAAAACGAUCAACCAUGCGAGAGCUAUUGCAGUAGGACUUAAAGCUCUCAAACUGCUGGGAGUUGAAGGUAUUGAGAUGCCAGUCUGGUGGGGAGUAGCUGAGAAGGAAGCCAUGGGAAAGUACGAUUGGUCUGGAUACCUUACUCUUGCAGAAAUGGUUCAGAGUGCUGGUCUUAAGCUCCAUGUAUCACUCUGCUUCCAUGCUAGUAAACAACCUAAGAUCCCACUCCCUGAGUGGGUAUCUCGAAUUGGUGAAUCGGACCCUGAUAUUUUUUAUAAGGAUAGGUCAGGGAAUCGCUAUAGAGAGUGUCUGUCUUUGGCUGUUGAUAAUCUUCCCGUUCUUGACGGAAAGACGCCAAUCCAAGUUUACAAGGACUUCUGUGAGAGCUUCAAGUCUUUGUUCUCGCAGUUCCUGGGUUCGACAAUAACGGGCAUCACAAUGGGUCUCGGACCUAAUGGCGAGCUACGAUAUCCAUCUGAUCAUCGGGCAGCUGCAAAAAAUAAAAUCACUGGAGUAGGCGAGUUCCAGUGUUAUGACAAAAACAUGCUUAACCUUCUUAAGCAGCAUGCGGAUGCUACUGGAAAUCCUUUAUGGGGUCUCGGUGGUCCUCAUGAUGUGCCGAGUUAUGAUCAGUUGCCAAACUCGACCAGCUUUUUCAAGGACAACGGAGGAUCAUGGGAGUCUUCAUAUGGUAAUUUCUUCCUUUCGUGGUAUUCAAGCGAGCUCUUGUUUCACGGAGAUCGAAUCCUGUCCGUUGCCGCUGCAGCUUUUAGUGACACGGAUGUGACAGCCUAUGGAAAACUCCCACUUAUCCACUCCUGGUACAAAACUCGCACUCACCCUCUGGAGCUAACGGCUGGAUUCUACAACACUGUCCAUAGAGAUGGUUAUGAUGCAGUGUCGGAGAUUUUCGCAAGAAAUUCGUGCAAAAUGAUCUUGCCGGGAAUGGACUUGUCAGAUGAGCAUCAGGAAUCUCUGUCGAGUCCAGAGCUAUUACUUGCUCAAAUUAGAAAAGCUUGCAAAAAGCAUGGAGUUGAGGUUUCUGGGCAGAACUUGUCGGUUUCUAAAGCUUCCCAUCGUUUUGAGAAGAUAAAGAAAAAUGUAUCGGGUGAGAAUGCCAUAGACUUAUUCAUGUAUCAGAGAAUGGGAGCUGAAUUUUUCUCACCGGAGCAUUUCCCUAGUUUUACCGGAUUUGUUAGAAGUCUCAAUCAACUAGAAAUUCAUACGGACGAUCUUCUUGAGAAAGAGAGAGAAGCUGUUGAAUGUCCAGAAACCAGUUCAGAAUCAAGCAUUCAAAUGCAAGUAGCUUAAUUAGAAUAGUGGAUGUGUAUAUAGAUAUGGAAUUAGUAUUGAACUGUCUAUUGUGUAUCAGAAGAUGAUGCUGUAUUUUGCAAAGCAUGCAAGAGUAGUAACUGUUACCAACUUAAUAACACAAAUUUGCCUCCCGUUGGAUAA